UAUAUUGUUGUAUAGUAUAUGCAGUUUAGCAAUAGAAAACGAACCUCUCGUAAUUCUCAUUAACGCUGUUUCUAGUGCACGUUUCUUGGUGAAUCGUGCGGAAAUUAGGUUAGAAAAGCUAAGAAUCAAAUAUUUCAAAAUGUAUCUUAUGUAUUAUUUGGAUACCAAUGGAAAUCGAGUAUACACUUUAAAGAAACUUGAUCCUACUGGGAAACCUACAUUGUCAGCACAUCCAGCCCGAUUUUCUCCAGAGGACAAAUAUUCAAAAGAAAGGAUUACAAUAAAGAGAAGAUUCAACUUACUUUUGACACAGCAGCCCUUACCUGCUUAUUGAAAUAUAUGUAUAUUUUCUAUUCUUAUAUAUUUCAUACAUUAUUUUAUAUACAAAUAUAAGAUGUAAGCAUAGAAAAACAUAUAAUAGCUUGGAAUGAUGUCAUAUACCUUGAUACAAUAAUCUAUACCCAUAUCGACAGACAGAGGUAGUUCAACUUGAACACCCACAACUUCCUCCAGUGAUAAAUAUGAAAAAUAUAUAUUUACCCAGUGUCAUUAUACUAUCAUGAAGUUAUAUUCGCUAUCAUAGAGACUUCUAAAAUGUCAGAUUGUUCCUAAUAGAAAUUUGUUUC